AAAGGAACUUAUACACAGGACUAGAUUGAAGGUCGGAAUAACAGGGAGGCCAUAAUGGAUUCACAGUAACUGCUCGUGUGACCCCGACAUCAGAAAUGCAUCCCCGGCGUAGUGCUCAGGAAGUCCUACUGUGUGACCUCUGUGAAACUGUCCCUCUACAGAGUCAUUGUGAACUUUGUAAUAUAAAUCUCUGUGUUAACUGUGUAGGAAAACAUCUCUCAGAUUCCUCUAAAAGACACAAAGGCGUGCCGUUUUUACAGAGAAAGGCGACCCCUAACUACCCGAAAUGUCCGAAUCACGCUGAUGAACACUGUAAGCAUUACUGUGAGAAAUGUAACACCCCUGUCUGUAUUACCUGCGUCUCCUCUGGUAAACACAAAGGACACAAGUUAUCAAAUAUUCUGGAAACACUUAGUUCUAAAAGACAAAUAUUACAAAAUGAUUUGGAAGAACUCGAGACCAGAAUUUAUCCCCGAUAUGAAGACAUUGCUGUCGAUGUCCAAACGGAGAAAGUCGAGUUAGAAACGAAUUAUGGGAAACUGAUAACAGAUGCCGAUCAACAAGGAUACGUUUUACACCGGGAUAUCACCGACAUUGUCAACCAGCGGAAAUCAAACAUUCAGGAGAUCAAAAACAAACACCUAUCUGCCCUGAAUAAAAAUACAGAUGAAAUCACACAGAAAACUACUGAACUCAAACAGAUCAUUUCCGACUUGAAAUCAAUCCUAAAAUCAAAUGACGUCUCCUUAACCUCUACUUACAAAUCUAGGAAUUCUGAAUUUAGAACAUCGCCGCCUAGAGUCCGAAUUACAUUACCAAGUUUUUCUGCUCAGAAAAUAAACAAAGAUCAGCUCAAUGAAAUGUUUGGUUCUCUUUCAUCACUGUCCUUUAACACAGAACGUGAUGAUACCAUAAUAUCACCAGAAGCUGCAUCGUAUCCUCUCGUCAAACCAUUGCUUGAUGAACCGCGACUGAUCGCCACCAUAGACACUGGGUAUGAAGAUCUAUACAGUGUUAGCUGUCUGAGUGAAUAUCAAGUCUGGACAGGCGGGGAUAACGAAACCAUGAAGCUCCUCAACCUCCAGAGUAAACUACUGACAUCAAUACAAACAGAGUCGAGGAACGCACCAUGGGACAUAGCAGUGACAAGUGAUGGUAACCUUGUUUAUACUGAUGAUGAUAAUAAAACUGUAAACUUAGUGAAGAAUAAACAGGUGGGGACCCUGAUCAGACUACAGGGGUGGAGGCCUCUCUAUGUCUGCAGUAGCUCUUUUGAUGAUCUCCUGGUCACCAUGAUCAGUGAUGAUAGAAAACAAUCCAAAGUUGUGCGUUACUCUGGCUACACAGAGAAACAAACCAUUCAGUUUGAUCAUCAGGGUCGUCCUCUUUAUUCAACGUACAACACUAAAUAUAUCAGUGAGAAUCGCAACCUGGAUAUCUGUGUGGCUGAUCGUGGAGCUAGUGCGGUAGUGGUGGUCAAUCAGUCAGGAAAACUCCGAUUUAGAUACACUGGUCAUCCCUCUAAUACCAAGAAAUCAUUUGAUCCAGUCGGCAUCACUACAGACAACCAGAGUCACAUUCUGAUAGCAGACUGUCGCAAUCACCGUAUCCAGAUCCUAGAUCAGGACGGGCAGUUCCUCCGUCACAUUCAGAACUGUGAUUUAUCCCGUCCUCACGGUUUAUGUGUAGAUAUGAGUGACAACCUCUUUGUAGCUGAAUGUUACACUGCUAAAGUGAAGAAAAUUCAAUAUUUACACACAUAGUUUUAGUUACACAUUCAUGUAUCAAGACAGUGUUAAUUACAUAUCUAAACACAGUGCUAUAUACAUAUGCUUGUUAAUUACAGUCCCAAUUAAAUACAUCCAUGUGUAAAUUACAGGUCUGUGUUACUCACAUCUCAAUGUUUAUGAUGUGUAACAAACAUCUACUUGUGUGUGUGUGUGUGUGUGUGUGUUUAGGUGAUUAAACAUUAGUCUCUCA